GACGACCUUACUCAAAACACCUUGCUUCAGGACGACCUAACUCAAAACACCUUGCUUCAGGACGACCUUACUCAAAACACCUUGCUUCAGGACGACCUUACUCAAAACACCUUGCUUCAGGACGACCUUACUCAAAACACCUUUCUUCAGGACGACCUUACUCAAAACACCUUUCUUCAGGACGACCUUACUCAAAACACCUUGCUUCAGGACGACCUUACUCAAAACACCUUUCUUCAGGACGACUUUACUCAAACACCUUGCUUCAGGACGACCUUACUCAAAACACCUUUCUUCAGGACGACCUUACUCAAAACACCUUGCUUCAGGACGACCUUACUCAAAACACCUUGCUUCAGGACGACCUUACUCAAACACCUUGCUUCAGGACGACCUUACUCGAAACACCUUGCUUCAGGACGACUUUACUCAAACACCUUGCUUCAGGACGACCUUACUCAAAACACCUUUCUUCAGGACGACCUUACUCAAAACACCUUGCUUCAGGACGACCUUACUCAAAACACCUUGCUUCAGGACGACCUUACUCAAACACCUUGCUUCAGGACGACCUUACUCGAAACACCUUGCUUCAGGACGACUUUACUCAAACACCUUGCUUCAGGACGACCUUACUCAAACACCUUGCUUCAGGACGACCUUACUCAAAACACCUUGCUUCAGGACGACCUUAAUCCAAUGAUCUAUUGUGGUCAUGACUCAUCGAGGUCACUGCAGAGGAAGCCAACAAAACUCUUGGCCUCGAUAAAAGAAUAUGUAGGGACACAUACGCGACCUCACCACCAGAAGACUCUUAUGCUGCACUCUGGUUAG